CUGACAGUCCUGGGUAUUCGGAUGAACAGAUGAUCAGGACGAGCUUUAUGGUUUUCCUUUAAAUCAACGACCUCCGUUUACGCUUCGAUGGUCUCCGAGUGAACUGUCCUAACCGUAGACGAUCUUUGAGCUCACCUGUCGCUAGGAUACUUUGCCCUCCUCUGCUGCCACGCCAUUGGAGGAUGAGUGAUGGGGGAAGUAUUGCUCCGCUGGAAGUUCGUUACCUUCGUUUAGAAAAUCCAAGUCUAAAACAGAGAGCAGUCGCUGUGUUUGGAACUUUUUAGGUGGUCUGUUGUGUCAAAAGUGACUUUAUUCCGUGAUCUUAAGGAGUCCAGCCGCGUCGCGAUGGAGUUUGGUGAAGAAUCGUCGCCUGCUCUGGCCUUCGAGAAGGACGCUUUUGAGCUCACUGUCGAAGAUGUGUAUGACAUCUCCUACGUGAUCGGCCGAGAUUUGUUAAAAAUAAGCAGCACCGGUGAAGAAGUGUCGGACUUACAGUUCAGGAUAGUCCGAGUCCUGGAAAUGUUUGAAACUCUGGUGAACAAGUACAAUCUGUCAGUGGAGGAGCUGAAAAUGGAGCGGGACAACCUGAAGGCAGAGCUGGACAGGAUCAUCAGGGAGGGCUCUUCCUCCUCCGGACAGAGCGGGCAGCAAACUGUGGGAGCUAAUCAACUGGUGGUGGACCUGAAUGACCCCAACAGACCGCGCUUCACCAUGCAGGAGCUGAAGGAGGUUCUGCAGGAGAGGAACCAGCUGAAGGCUCAGCUCAUGGUGGCCCAAGAGGAGCUUCAGCUGUACAAGAGUGGGAUUCUACCUCAAUCUGAACCCGCCAUGGUUGACGUGGAUCUGGGCACGCCAGCAGCCACAGAGGAUAGUUCAUCCACAAUAAAUGAGAAGACAACUAUAGGAAAACUGUUUUCAUUCAGGAGAAAAUGAGAGGAAUCCUUCAGACGAACUCUCUGUUUCAGAGGCAAAUGGGAUGAGCUUUAUCUGCACAAUUUCUAACCACUUUUGUAAUUAAUUAUUGUUGUUUGCACAAGUAAGUCUAACAAUAUUUUGUAUCAUUUUUAAUCUAAUGUGAUUUUUAGUAUUACAAUACUGGAGAAGCUGAACUAUAAAUAUGUUUAGGUAACUGGAAAGUAUUAAGUUAGAGUCAUUCCCUGUUCACGCAUUUUUUAAAAAUGUAUUUUUGCUCAUUUAAGUUUGGUCUUAAAUCAUGAAGUAAACAAAUAGAUCAAAUAUGGUCCCAUCCAGUCAAUCUUAAAACAAUGCAGAUUUUAUUUUUUUCCUGGAAUUUUGGGGCUAUUUGCUAUUGAAGUGUUGUAAAUGUUGCAGGUUAUGAAGAAAUUAGGAAAAAAAUACCACUCAGGCAUAAUGUGUGAUAUUUUCUGUUUUUACAAAUAAAAUCUGCAGAAUGGGUCAUGCUUUUGUACCAUGAUCUAUUAACUCUGAUACUCCAUAGUACUGUUAAAAUACUAAAUAUUCACCUGUGUACAAUUCAGUCAAUCUCAGUAUAAAUGCAAUUGUUUAAAGAAGGCCUCAGAGGUUUGUUGUUCAUAUAAUCCAGGAUAAUGAUAUUCAUAUAUCUGAUAGAAGUAAUUUUUUUUUCCAUCCAACCAACAAGUUUGUUUCUGGAAAAAAAAAUAGACAUGCAGCUGUCAGAAGAUAAAAGUUUAUUCUAAAAAAGGUUAUUCACAAUUUCAUUUGAAAGGGUAUAAUGUACAAAAAUGUAUAACUUUACCAAUAAUCAGUGUAAAUAGUUUAUCAGCUUUACAGCAAUCAAACUUCCAGUUGUUGGAGCAGCUUAUUUCAUAUUUCCACUGGUAUUUUAUUUAAAAUCUUUGAGGCUGGAAGGCCUCUUUGCCAUCACCCUAAUGCACCAACAUGUUGGUUAAAACCAAAAGAUUACAUUGAAGCUAUAAAUAAUUUUUAUCUUAGCUGUACAGAACCUGAAUAUCUAAACAGCAAACAUCGUGAGAAACCACAUAGUAAUGAAGAAAAUAAAGACAGCAGAGAACAUGCAUGACACCCUGCAGAGCAUCAUAAAUGAUCUUUAUGUCAUUCACUCUAUAACCAGCAUUCAUUAGGCUACAGCUGGAAUGAAAACUAUUUUAUUCUUCACAUCAAGCUCAGGCUGUAUUUUACUGUAGCCAAAAUAGCACUCAAUUCAUUUAGAAAAAGAAACUAAAAGAAUAAAAGCACAU